AUGUUUGAAGUUGAUAAUAUUUCUCAUAAAUUGAUGAUCUAUGCUGGUAUUAUCAUGUAUAUAUUUGGUUCAAUUGGAAAUAUAUUAAAUAUUUAUGUAUUUACCGUAUGGUCUCGUACAAAAAAAACAUCAAAUAAACAUUCGCAUUCUUGUCGUACAAAUAAUAGUUCAUUAUAUUUACUUGUUUCAUCGAUUUCAAAUUUAAUUGUUAUUCUUUAUCCACUUUUUACACGAAUUAUGCUUGAUGGUUAUGAAUAUCAUAUAACAAAACAUAAUGUAUUUAUUAUAUGUAAAUUACGUUAUUAUAUUCUUCAUACAUGUGAUGUAAUAUCAUUAACAUGUAUUUGUUUAGCUACAUUUGAUCGUUAUUUAAUAUCAUCACGAAAAGUUCGUCUAAGAAAAUUAAGUACAACAAGAAAACAAACAAAAUUAAUUCUUUUAUUUAUUAUAUGUUUAUUUGGAAUUCAUAGUAUACCAAUUUUUAAAUAUUAUAGUGUUUCAAAAACAGGAUAUUGUACAAUUAUAUCAACUAUUUAUUUAUAUUAUUAUUUAUAUACAUUUCAAAUAUUUCUACAUGGUAUAAUACCAAUUAUUUUUCUUUCCGUAUUUGGUAUAUUAACAUUUAAACAAUUGAAAAUAAUUAGUAAAAGAAAAAAUCAUUAUGGAACAAUGAAUUUUGAUAAACAAUUAUCACGUAUGCUUUUAUUAAUAUCUUUAGCGAUUAUCUUAUCAUCAAUUCCAUAUUGUAUUGAACAAUCGUAUUUAGUAUUAUUUAAAAAAAAUAAUCGACAAUAUAAAUCAUAUUUUCGUCUUUAUCAUGUCGCAUGUUCAAUAUUAUAUUAUACAAAUCCGGUAACUAGUUUUUAUAUAUAUUAUAUAUCGACACGAAGUUUUCGUUUACAAAUUCAUAAAAUGUUUUGUUGUACUAGAAAUACUCAUUUAGUUAUUGUCUAUAGAGUGAAACCAAUAACAAUGUCAAAACAGGAUUUUUAA